AAAGGGGAGAGAGAAAGAGAAGCGACCGAUUCUUGAAACCAAAGGAAGCCCCUUUGGAAUCCUUGACCCACCAACAUCCUCAACCUUCGCCAUCACCACCACCACCUCCACCACCACCACUCAACCACCACCCUUUCCCGCAACCCAACUCACGCCCUUUUUCAUCCAGCCAGAGAGAGAGAAAGAGAAAGAGAGAGAGACGCACACGCAGGCAUUCCAGUCUAGAGAGAGAGAGAGAGAGAGAGACCCAGCUGCAGUAUACCCAUCUACAGAGCCGAGAAGGGUCGGAGCGAGCGAGGGUCCUCGCCGGUAGUGAAGCUCUAGGCCUUGCAGCAGAGCUACAUGAGCCGGCGGAACAACGGCUUCCGGUGGCCGUCGGCGCCGACCGACUCCUCGUCGGACGGGGCCAUGAAGUCCCCGGCGGCCGUGUUCUGGCUGGUCCUCCACGGCCUCUGCUGCCUCAUCAGCCUCGUCCUCGGCUUCCGCUUCUCCCGCCUCGUCUUCUUCCUCGUCUUCUCCACCUCCUGGACCGGGCCCCCCGCCACCACCCUCUUCACCGCGUCGCCGCUCCGGCAGGCGGCGGAGAUCUCCGGGAAUCUGGAGACUCGCUCCUCCCCGGUCGCCGCGGGCGGCGGGGCUGCGCCCGUCAAUAAGACGGUGCCCCGGGUCGUGGUCGGGCGGCACGGGAUCCGGAUCCGGCCGUGGCCGCACCCCAACCCGGUCGAGGUCAUGAAGGCGCACGAGAUCAUCGACCGGGUGCAGCGGGAGCAGCGUGCCCAGUUCGGAGUGAAGAGCCCGAGGACGGUCAUCGCCGUCACGCCCACCUACGUCAGGACCUUCCAGACGCUCCACAUCACCGGCGUGAUGCACUCGCUCAUGCUGGUGCCGUACGAUUUGGUGUGGGUCGUGGUGGAGGCCGGCGGGGCCAGCAACGAGACCGCCUCCAUCCUCGCCAAGUCCGGGCUGAGGACCAUCCACGUCGGGUUCGACCAAGGGAUGCCGAGCACCUGGGCGGAUCGGCACAAGCUCGAGGCGAAAAUGCGGCUGCACGCAUUGAGAAUUGUGCGAGAGGAGAAGCUGGAUGGAAUUGUGGUGUUUGCGGAUGAUAGCAAUAUGCACAGCAUGGAGCUCUUCGAUGAGAUCCAGAAUGUGAAAUGGAUCGGCGCCCUUUCGAUAGGCAUUCUGGCUCACUCGAGCACGACGACGGAUGAAUCUGAGUCAUCGACGGUUCAGCGAGUGGCUGAAGAUGAAAAUUGGCCGGUGCCUGUGCAGGGUCCGGCCUGUAACUCAUCUAAUAAGCUGGUCGGCUGGCACACCUUCAAUACGCAGCCUUAUGAGGGGAAGGCUGCGAUUUACAUAGACGAUCGAGCUACAGUGUUGCCACGGAAGUUGGAGUGGUCAGGAUUCGUGCUGAACUCUAGGCUGGUUUGGAAGGAUGCGGAGGAUAAACCGGAGUGGGCGAACGAUCUGGAUUCGCUCGAGGGGGUUGAUGAUGUCGAGAGUCCCCUGUCCCUGGCGAAAGACCCUUCUGUUGUGGAGCCUCUUGGAAGCUGUGGCCGCCAAGUCAUGCUCUGGUGGCUUCGUGUUGAAGCUCGUUCCGACAGCAGAUUUCCUCCUGGAUGGGUAAUUGACCCUCCUUUGGAGAUCACUGUCCCAGCAAAACGCACACCAUGGCCCGAUGCUCCUCCAGAGCUUCCAUCCACUGAAAAAGUGAUGAACAUCCAAGAUAACCAAGUGGUGAAGCGUCCAACAAAAACUCGAUCAUCCAGAUCGAAGCGAAGUUCUCGGAGUAAGAGGAAGCGUGAGGCAAGAAUAGCAGAGACAGAUAUCCGAGGAAAGCAUACCGAUUAAAAUUGAACCAUGCUAUGAAGGAGGAGUUCAAUAUAUAAAACAUCAACAAAUCCGAUCAUCGCAUGUAAAAAGUUUGAUUAUUCCUGGGUGCACACAGAGAAGCAUCCCGUGAGCCGAGUCCAUAAAGGGUGCAUAUUUUUUCAUUAUUUUUGUUUUCUUUUCUCUUUUGGGUGAAUCGAUAUUUGGUUUUAGGUGUAAUCUGCUGUAUUGCCCACCGCCUGGGAAAUACUUCGCCUGACCUGAAGCAUCAAAUGCAAUAUACAUGGGCUCUAGAGAUAGAAGUAUACAGUCGUUUUACUCCGUCAAAUUUCAUAGAAACGAUAGUUUUGUAAUAAGUUUUCUGCAAGAUUGUUCUUUCUGAUGUCCGAAAGGCUACAUGAGACUUCAAGAAUGCCGAAACAUGUUUCAUCCUCAA